CACACACACACUCAGUAAACCCUCUCCUCUUCCUCUCUGCGCAGCUCCGAUCAACUUUGGAAGUUUAUUUCCGUCCAGAUCCGCGAUGGAGACGUGAAGUCGGGGCGAAGGACGAGUGGAAUAAAAGACGAGCGGACGUAGAGGAGAGACGCAGUGGAGUAGAGAGAGACGAGUCGCAGCAUGACGGGAUCAUGGAGGUGAACGAGAGACGGCUGCACUCUUCCCCCAGAGAGCGGCUGGAGCGAGUGAGAGGAGGAGUGAGAGGAGGAGAGAGCGGCGGGAUGGAGAGACUCGGGAGGAAGGUGUACAGCUCGAGCGACACGCUGAAAGCCUUCGAGAAUCAUCACGUGGUGGAUUUCAACUCAGGAGAAAUGCUGAGCAAACACACGGCAGCUCAGUCUUUGUCGCUGCACCAGUUGGGGAUUUGCGGCGCCGUUCCUCGCCGCGGUCUGAGCUUUUGUGCCGAAACCGGACUGGACCAUCACAUCCAGGACGCCGGGGGAGUCUCCAUGUCUCCGGACUGCGGCGUCCGUCUGUGGGGGCGGGGGGGCAAAGGGCUCGGACGCACGGAGUCCCGGCUGUCCAGUCGGUCCAACUCGGCCCUGACGCUCACGGACACGGAGACCGACGGCAGGGACGAACACGACGGCGGUGAGUGA